AUGCCAGACCAAUUAGAAGAACUCAUUUUAUCUGGGGAAUUGUUCAAUCCAUCCAUCUCCGAGUCCCCUCCCCGCACACCCACUUCCCGAACUCCUUCGCCCACAACUUCAGAUGAACUCUUUGGCCCCUCUCCGCCUGUCUCUCGUUCCCCUUCACCCCUCCCAAAUCACCUCCCAAAAGAUGCCCCUUCGGAGUCGAUCGGCCUGGGCCCUGGCCGGACAGGUGUUAAGGGUGUUAUCCGCGACAGGAACGAGGCCCUUCAGCUUGAACGCGAGCGCUCUCAAAGACGUCUGCGAGAGCUCAGAUCUAGGCAAGAGAAAUCGAGCUUGGCUUAUGGGGGAUUAACUGUCCUUGAAGAAGAGAAGCUUCGUAAGAAGGAUAGAGAGAAUAGAAAUUCAUCGGAAGAGGAAGGCGAAGAAGAGGAUGAAGAAAAUGAAAAGCGAAGCUACCGGGGGCGAAAUAUGAAGACGUAUUUCGAAAUGCGCCGUGCAACGUUUGAGGAUGCAAGGCCUGUUUUCGGUCAUCUUCGAGAGGUAGCGCUAUCUGGUUUUGUCAAAGCCGUCGAGAAGGAAGACAGGGAUGUUUGGGUUCUCGUCCAUUUAUACGAGCCAUAUGAAGAGCGAUGCCAAACACUAGACACAACUCUAGCUCAUCUUGCGCGAAAAAAUCUUCAUACCAAAUUCCUGCGUGCCCGUGCUGCGCAUGUCGGUUUUGCUGUGAAGAGGUCUACUCAUCACUCUCUCCCCGCUGGUCGCUCAUCACACGAUAUGUAUGACGAAUAUGAUGAGCUCGAGGGUGACAAUGUGGAGGUUGACACAGAGUUGCUUCCCACGUUGCUCGUGUAUCGCGGUGGCGAGCUUGAGUUCACAUGGGUCCGCGUGGACCUUGAGGCUGGGCCAAGCGGGGUUGGUGCGCUCCUGAAGAGACAUGGAAUUGUCCAGUCGGGCGAUUUCGAGGAGGAUCGCCUCGAUAGCACGCUACUCUAA